AUGAUCCUGAGGUGGGAUGGUUUCCAUGGAGGUGCCGCUGGGCGUGGAGGUGUGUGUGGCGGUCGCUACUGUGCUCUGGGGCAGGUGUGUGAGCGUGAAGGCCAGCCUAGUGGAGGUGUGUGUGUGUGUGUGGACCGCUGCCACUCCCACUACAAGCCCGUGUGCGGGUCCGACGGGAGACUGUACCAGAACCACUGUGAGCUGCACAGGCAGGCCUGCGUCACGCAGAAGAGAAUCACCAUCAUGCACAGCGAAGAGUGCUUUUACAAGGAUGACCGGUGUCGCCUAUCGGACUUCAAACGUCUGAAAUCCAAGAUGGCCGCCCUCCAUGACGAGCGCUACACCCCCGUUGGUCUCCGGGGCGACUACCAGAGCGACAUGGUCGCUAGGCAACAGCUAGUAGAGCUGAUGUUCCAACGCUUCGAUGGCGACCAAGACGGACAGGUGGACAGCAGCGAACUGUCACAGGUGAUUAAACGGGAGAGUCUCUCCAAGUCGGCAUCAGACUGCACGCUCUUCGACCUCCUCAAGUUCCACGAUUCCGAUGACGACCAACAUCUUACACAAGAAGAAUUCAACACUGCGUUUGAGGUGUUCCAGCUCUACCUGCCGGAGGACCAGAGGGAGACGGUUGUCACGGUAACCGUUGGCCAGAGCGCUGUCCUCAACUGUGACAUCACCGGCAAGCCCCGCCCACCCAUCACCUGGACGCGUCAUGGCAACCAGAUAAACAACCUGCACCUGGAGGACAUUAAUGAUUUCGGUGAGGACGGUUCUCUCUACAUCACCAAGGCGACGCUCAGCCACAUGGGAAACUACAGUUGUCACGCCGACGGAUACACACAACUCUCCCAGACACACACCCUGCACGUCAACGUUCCCCCGGUGAUCCGUGUCCAUCCUGAGUCCCAGGCGCGAGAGCCCGGUGUGACGGCCAGUCUGCGUUGCCAUGCCGAUGGAAUACCACCUCCCCAGCUGACCUGGCUGAAGAACGGAGUAGACAUCACAACACAACUAUCCAAACAGCUCACGCUACAGGCUAAUGGUUCUGAGGUCCAUGUGUCUAAUGUCCGCUUCGAGGACACGGGAGCGUACACCUGCGUCGCGACUAACGAGGCCGGAGCUGACGAGGACAUCUCCUCCCUAUUCGUAGAGGACGCGGCCAGGAAGACACUUGCCAACAUCCUGUGGAGAGAAGAAGGCUUGGGGAUCGGCAGCAUGUACUAUGUGUUCUAUGCGGACGGCAUCAAGGUGAUCCAGCCUGUAGCCUGCGAGAUACAGAGACACAUAAAGCCUACAGAGACACUACUGGGCAGAGAGGAGGAGGUGUGUCCUGAGCGUGAGGGGUCAUCAGGUCAUCAGCGGUGUGUGUGGGCGUCGGCGGUGAACGUGAAGGACAAAUACAUUUAUGCCACCCAACCGCUGCUGAACAGGAUUCUCAUCAUAGACACCCAAUCACAGAAGGCCGUGCAGAGUGUGUCUACAGACGCGGUGCCAGUGAAGCUUCAUUACGACGCGUCACAUGACCAGGUCUGGGUGCUCAGCUGGGGAGACGUGAGGAAGACGAACCCAACACUACAGGUGAUUGGCCAGGCCAGUGCUAGCUCCUCCCAUCACACUGUUCACACGCAGCCAAUUGGUCAACACUUUGACCGCGUAGAAGAUUUCUACAUUCCAAACCCCAACCUCCUGGACACCCACAUAAGGUUUGGUAUGGUUCUCCACCGUGAUGAGACGGUUCUCCUGAAGCUGGACCUUGAGAGCGGUUCCUACGUAAAGAACAUCAGCCUCUCGGAGUUCCACUGCGUUCCGCAGUCACUCGCCUACACACACCUGGGAGGGCUCUACUUCGUCAGUUGCCGUGACGACCAGGCUCGGCGUGUUGGUGGGCGUCGCCCCCAGCUGUUGGUUGACGCGGUGACCGACCUGGUGAUCGGCGAGAACGGCGACGUCAGCGGAACACCAUACGUGUCACCUGACGGCCGACACCUGGUUACCGUGGACGACGGAGAGGGGUUGCUACGGUUACAGGAGGUGUCGCCGCGCGGGGCUCUGGGGCGUCCGUUUGACGUCCACACCAACCUCCACGUGUCGCAGCUGGCGUUCAUGCGCUCCUUCACCACCGCGGGGCGCUACAAGGCCUUCGCCAGCUCCUCCAAUCAGACGGACGCCCUGGUGGUGGAACUGUCCAGCGGCACCGUGCGAUUGGUCAAAGGUCUCCGGGAGCCCCUCCCCACUCGCCUCUGGCCCUGGUCGGCAACAACGGCAACAACAGCGCCCGGUAACCGUGGUGGCGAGCGUUCCCCUGGUAACCGUGCGAUGGUGUCGAGCGGGAUGUUUGGUCAGUACUUGGCGUCCCCGGCGAGGUCAUCGCUCCUCGUACUCGACGGACGACUCGACCGACUGAACUGUGAAAUCACCGAUGUGGAGAACGGCAACACUGUGGUGUGGAUCGGGGACAUGUAG